AUGCAUAUCAAUCGGUGGAAUAUUCUUUUUGUUUUUCUGCUAUUGAGUUUUGCCACCAUACAAUUCGUCAAUGCUGGUAGACAUGGGCAUGGUCACGGACAUCAUGGGCAUGGGAAUGGGCAUCAUGGACAUGGUCAUGGCGGUUCCAAUUAUACUCAAUGCCAUCAAGCUAACCAAUUUUUCAAUCAAUGGUGGCCUCAAUCAGCAGUUGCCAAUGCCUUUCAAACGUUGUGUUAUCGAGUAGGUGCUACACAAGCUUGGACUACUCUUCAAGGACUAUUAGGUGUUGCAGUUACAGGAACAUUGGAUCAAGCAACAUUUCAAGCUCUUUUAAGUAAUAGUAAUCAAGCAUUACUGGCACAACAAUUACUUGCAGGUGUUACAACUCCUUAA